AUGGACCCGCAGCCUGCGGUGGACAUGUUUUCCGACGAUAACGAGGCCGAGAGGGCAGAGCGAACGAGUUUGCUCAACGAACUGGACGGCCUCGUCGAUAGCGCUCUGUUCUCACGAGGACUGUGGGCUUGCCUGCGCGUGGCAGAUCUUGGGCCACUGCGGCGGAUCGUGGAGAGCGCCAGACGCAAUCCAGUCACUGUGCCAGGCUUGGAUUAUAGUCUACAGGAAAGCAAUCUGCUGCGGCACUGGAUGCAACGGACGCGAGAAAGUAGCCAAGCGACUUCGACAUCUACAACCCCGCCCCAGCCCAGUACGCCAACCCGACAAGGUGUGUCUGAUUUGCCCACCACUCUUCUCAAGCGACGACGGGAUACAAGGGAAAAACCACAGAGCAACCUUUGCCGUGAACGAGACCGAAACAGAUGUGUCAUCACAAAAUCUGGUGAGCCUGUCGAAGUAGCUCAUAUCUUCCCUUUCGCCAUGCGAGGUCUACAAACUGAGGAAGCGAGGUCACAGUUUUACAGUCCGUGGAAGAUCUUGAAGACCUUCUAG